AUGGCCGCGGACGCCCUGCUGCCGCCCCCGAUGGCGGGGUUGGACUUCCUCAAGGCCUCGCACUUCACUCUGGGGCCGGACCCGCGGCUGCACCUGGACGCCACGCACUCCACGAUGCACCGCGACUAUCCGGCAUACCGCGACUUCUCCCGCGCGCCGCCGUGUCCGCCGCCGCCCAAAGGGACCCUCUUUCAGCAGGACGCGCGCUGGGCCAGCCAGGAGCGCGUGACGGAAGCACACUACGCAUUGGUGCCACCGCCCACGCCGUCGAGGGAUCGGGAGCGGGCGCAGGCGCGGGCGCGCACACUCGCCAUGCAGGCCAGUCACCUGCACGUGCACGCGGACGCGCGCGGACUCGCCUUCCUCUCCACUGCGUGCGCCGACUUCGGUUGGCCAGAACUACCGGCGCGCGACGGCGAGCAGAGCCGUGGCGCGCGCCUCAUCUUCCACCGCGACUCGGUGCCACCUGGCGACAGAACCAAGCUGCGUAUUCCGCCUACCACUCACCAGGCGCUCUUCCCGCCCCACGACCUGUUCCCGCAGCCGCGCGCGUCCUGCCGCCACCUCGAGGGCUCCACCCCCCUCAAGUGGGACCACAGGAGAAGGGAUGACUGGACCUCCUACCAGAGACAGUUCCAGGUCCUGAUGGGCCCACCUGCCUUGAUGUGUAAGAGGGACUUCUCCAGUGUGGCACUGGGAGACUUCAAGAUUGGCUAUGGGCCCAUGUGUUCGGAGCAGAAACAAGCCUACAGGCCCAAGGGUCUGCCGCGACACAGGUAUGACAAGACCCAGGCCUCAGCCUACAUCCAUUAUGUGAAUAUUGGUCCUGGAGAUGGCCUCUUCCAUGAUAGGACCACCAAGGCUGAACACUUCUAUGCCUGGGAACCAGAGCCUUUUGUUCUUCACAAUGACCAGACUCCAGAGUCACACAUCCUGGAAGGAAAUUGGUGCCCUGGCCCAGGCAGCCUCACCACCUCCAUGCAUUUCUUCUAUGGCCAGCUGCCACCAGUGACCAACCCACGCAGCCGCCACGUGCCUCAUGAGAAAUUGCAGAGUCAUGUGACCCUAGGGGAGUUGAAAUUGCUCGGACAGUUCUUCCAAACUUCCAUGGGCAUGGACUAUUACCCCACUGGCACACAACAGCGGCAGAAAGCACUCAACCUACACUUGCUGCGUAGCAACCUGCCGGAAGGCACAGGCAAGCCAGAUUUUUUAACCACGAACCAGAAGAUGCUGAAACCACACAGAACAGCUCCAGCCUCCAUCACUGAGGAAAUGCUACAGCGGUGCAAAUAUAGCCACAUGGAGCCCCCGCUCGGUAGACAACACUUCUUCUCAACCCAAUACGAGGACGAGUUUGCCUUCAAGUACCAGGGCCCAGCAGUGCUGAGAUUGGGCAACUUCCAGGAAAGCCAUGUGCCACUGGGCUCCCAUCACCAGUGGGGCUACCGAGGUGGGAAGGUAGACCCUCAGCCGCCCAAGACCCUUACCUACCCAUGCCCUAGCCAGCAAUAA